GCUCCUGUCAGGCUUACUCUGUUUUUGCCCCCCUCAUGCAACGCCCUGUUGCUGCUGCUGUGUAACCUCCCCAGUGUUGUAUGUUUGCAAAUGCAGUGAGGGAUCUUUUAUCAUCCUCUCCAUGCCGCUGUCCUGCGGGUAAUAUCUGGUUUUGGCAAGCUUCUCACGCCGAGAAUGUUGCUCACGGACAGGGCUCCCCACGGGGACAAUGUCCAUGUGUCUUACAUGGGAGGAUUCAUCUUUCUGGCUUACGUAGUCAGUGUGAUGGGAUGUACAACCACUCUGGAGCUUCUGCACCGACGGACAUCGAGGUCUGGUCUGUACAACUGGUAUCUAUUGCUCACCUCCUCCAUAACAAUGGGUGGUGUCGGUAUCUGGUGUAUGCAUUACAUUGGAAACCGUGCCAUUGUCUUGGGAAAUGGGGAUGCGCAGCUUCAGAUCAUCUAUAGCAUGACGUUUACGGGAGUAUCUUUCGUGCUUCCGGUUGUCGUCUUGCUCGUUGCCUUCUACAGCAUAGGAGCCAGCGAGAAAGCCGGUUAUCUUCGAAUCCUGACGGGUGGUAUACUCACAGGUGGUGCAGUAUGUGGUAUGCAUUAUAUCGGCCAGCUCGGUAUCAGCAACUACCGCUGUAGCUACCGGAUUGCAAACAUCAUCGGUGCCACUAUCAUUGCGGUGUUUGCUAGUACUGUUGCGUUGACGGUCUUCUUUCGGUGGAGGGCCACUUGGACAGAUAGUUGGUGGCGACGUGGUAUUUGCGGCUGUGUCCUUGCUCUUGCUGUCUCUGGCAUGCAUUGGACUGCUGCAGUUGGUACAUACUACUACAAUCAUGACACAACCAUGAAGCAUAAUGGUCAGCUUUCGCGGAGCCAAGUUGUCAUUAUCAGUUCUGUUUUGGCAUGCGCUGCUUGCGGAGUUCUGACGGCGUGCGCCGUAGUUGCUGGUGGAAACCGGAGAAGGCUGAACAUACAAGCUCGACAGCUCGUUCUGACUUGUGCCUUCUUUGACCAGUCCGGACGGAUCAUGGUCACUCCUCACGCGCUGCUUCCUAGCCGGAAGAUUGUCGAUCGUUAUGUUGGCAAGACGUUCAACGACGACGAUCUUACCCGAAGCCAUCCCGCUUUCCUUUGGGCAUACCGAGCGAGUAGACACUGGAAUCUGGUCAAGGAUGUCGUUCCUUUCAUGAGGAGUCGGAUCGAGACAGACAAAGAGGCGGCGGAGCACUUCCUUGCCAAGGGAGAGGCCCUGGAUCAGGAGAAUGAGCUGCAGAACGAUUUCGACGAGCUCUUCAAGCGACACUUUUGCGUUACUGCUCAGGAUCUCGCCGAUGAGGUUCGACAGCCUCUGCCAGCGCUCGGAAAACUAUACGACGACGUACUGAUUACGACUGCUCCCACUUCGCGCUUCUCUCGGGCAAUGGGAUACUCUCGGUUGAACAAUAGCAAGGGUCAGAUGCUUUUCACAGUGCGCCAUCUGGACAAACAGGAAGCGAAUCGACUGGCCGCCGCAGGUUUCCGUUUCACCACGAUCGAGAACGUCACAUCAGCUUUGUCGAGCCGAAUGCACAUUCCGCUGCCUGUGUUGGGCGAGCAUCUGAAAGACAUGCGAGAUUACGCGACCGGAGGCCGCAAUUACGAGCCGGGCGUCCACCUCGUUUCCUUUGUUAUGCGCCCUACUAUUUCCGACCACUUUGAGGUACUAACAGCGAAGGGAACCGGUAACCCAUUGCCUUCAUCAACAUUACCGAUCAAACGGAUCAACAUUCAGCACCUCGAUUUGAUCUCACACAUGGAAGGAUGGACCAUAUCGACCUGCUUGUCUUGGCUGAAAUCAGAAGCGGCCCAGUCAAACAAGGAGAUCGAUGACUUCCGCGAGCAACUGAUCCAUGCAAUGACAUCGCUAGAAAGCGCACUUCCUCCCGAUAUCAACAUGGCCUCGAAAUUCUCGGCCAAACCUCUUAUUGCCCCUUGCCGGGCUUUAUCUGAUUCUGAUGCGUCAAACUCUAUUCUACUACCGUUCUGCGCUGUUGGAAACCUGGAUACUCAAGUCUCAAACCCAGACUUUACCUUCAUGCCUCUACGCCUCUUCCGCGCACAGCAGCAACUCAACGACACGAACAUCGGAGGCGACGGGUUUGCAAAAGAACUGGGCAGAGAACUGUACUAUUCAAACGCACGCAGCAGCUCCGCUACGGAAGCCGACAUCACACCUUCCAUCCGUUCUGUUCUGAAACUCUGGCCACGCAAGCAUAUGGAUCCCGCCCAUGGGGAUCUCUCGCAGGAAACGCUGACGGAGCUUUCGCAGCUGGGCGAUAUCAUGGUCCGCAAGGAGGUCAAGGUGGACGUCGCUAAGCUAUCUACGCGAUCACUGGAAUCUACCAAACAUGCUUCGCACGCCACCGUUGUUGCUGGCGACCUGGCUAGCAGCAGUUAUGUGGAUGAACUCUAUAACCUUUGCUAUUCACCUGGUGUUCGCCUGCGCCCAAAUACAGCCAUUACUCGGAAUUCGAUGGCCCGGAGCUCAGUGGCCAGGAGCUCAGUGGCCACAGGAUGAACAUGAGAUUAGACUGUUCAACUUAAACACUGCUCUGAGCCAGAUGCCUGGCUCUCACUCAGAGACCUCGAAGAAGUAUAGGUCCUCCAUCAGAUACACGUGUGCGCCAGAUAU